CGCCACGUUGCAUAUAUGUAAAUAAACCAUUGAUCCUAAAGACACCAUAGUCUCUGCUGUCCCUCAUUCCAAGGAAACUGAAACUUGGGUAAGCACCUGGUCAUUGAAAUGUACAUCAAAUGCAAAACAUUUGGUAGAGAAAGGGAGGCAUUUUAUUUAUUUGAAAGAAAAGCAUCAACAAUUUAGAGAAAUAUACAUACCAUUUCAAAAAUAAGAAAACACUGAUUACGUAAAAGCUCAUACCUAGAAAGCUUAUACUUAGUUGGUCUUUAAGGUGCUACUGGAACAUCUUUCAAUAUAUAUUUUUUAAUCUUUCAUCAUUGUUAUUUAUUACAACAGACCAACAUGGCUACAUUACCUGAAUCAUUGAUUACGUACGUUAUAUCAAACCAUAAUAUCUUGCUACAAGUUCCCUUACAUUGCCAGAGGCCAAAGCUCAUGUUCUUUGGUAACUAUUUAAUAAAGUUGAUGUGCAUAGCAUAGAAAUUGUCUAAUUAUUUUGAUAUGCCGACACAUAAUGGGCCAGUUUCUCGUUCAAAGCCACACAAGUUCCAGAGCUGCUGCUGCCAGUCCAACUUAAAGUUUGCUUUCAAAAUCCUCUACAGCUUUUCUGUGGUGGAUUUAGCCACAGUUCAUAUAAUCACAUCUUUAUGGAGUCUUCAAAGAUAAAAAUGGAGGGCAGGUUUAGGAUUUAGCAUGGAUUUUUUUGUCCUGCAAUAUGUUCCACAUCUUUAGACACUUUUAUCCAAUCCUGGGAUACUCUUGAACCCAGUACUGGAAGCCAGCUUGUAACCAUCUGGUAACUCUAUUAUUCAAUGAAGGCCAGCACAGUUUGAAGCUUCCAUAACUACUACUGCGGGAGUUAAAAAUGCUGCUGGAUGCAACACCCAUUCUCUAAAAGUAGAGCUGCUGAGAUAUUUCCUAUAAUGCAACUUCCCAAGGGUAGUGGAAUUGAGUAGCCAUGGCAGCACACUUUGUCUAUGAUAGAAUGCUUUAAGUUGUCAUUCAAUGAGCAUCUUUCAAUUUCUCUGGCUGACAUUCACUUGCUCAGACAAAUGGAAUCAUAGUUCUUAUGAUAAUGGUAGUUGCCCCUCAAUUACAUAAAGGUGGCUAUAAAGAUCAGAUGUUUUAGACUUGGCUAUGGCUAGUGCUUAUUAGCCUGGAAACACGUAACUAGAAAGCUCUGCUGUGGCAGACACAUCAUUUACAUUAACUUUUUGGGUGUCCUGGAAACUAAAAAGAGAUCACAAGAGUUUAGCAACCAAUUUAGCAACCUCAAUUUAAAUCUUUAAUUGGUUACAAGUUUUGACCUUUUCAAUAAAUGGCUCUUACACCAGGAACAGAGUUGUUACAAAGCUAGAAGCCUGUAGUGAUUAGCUGAUGAACACAAUGGCUCAAAAUAAACAAUUCUAGCCCCAGAUGGUACAAGGCAGAACCAGUUAGGUCUGUACAUUGGUAUUUGGCUACUACUUUUUAUGUUAUUAACAUCAUGAAAACAAUCCUACAUUUAACUGUAGCUGCAAUGAGGCACAAACAGCUAUACCAAUAUGACUGCAUAGAAAAUAUAUAUGACAUUCAAUGGUGUCCAUAUGCUAUCAAAAUGGGCUUUCACCCAUGCUUUCCUGUCCUCUCACCCUCACCUUUCAGCUCCUGCAAACUCCCAGAAUCUGUGUUGGACACUUUGGGAAUCAUUGAGUAGAUGGGCAGUGGGCAGGCACAGAGGAAAUCCUGUUGUGUCAGCAGAAGUCCAGGUUGUGAGGUACUGGCUCUGUUCAGGCUCGCUUAGCUGUUGGUAUUAUAUUAUUUGCUCUGCAUUUCUAUUGUCUUAUUUUAUUUGUGCCGUAAUUCUUGAAAGGUGCCUUGGAAAUCCAAAUCUGAGAGGCAAUACUGCAAGUGGCUGCUGGUGAUGUCCACUCUCUGCUGACUCUGGCCUAAAUGGAAGUGAACUUGUGCCAGCCGCAAGUGGCUGUGCCAUGCAUAUGCUGUUGCCUUCACCACUGGACUAUAGAGGGGGAAAGCAGCCAGCAGAGGAGGGACAGGCCUCAGAUGCACCCAGAGAAACUCACCUUUACCACAGAGAAGAGACUGACGUGGGCUUAAAAGCUUCAGGAACAGGAACUUGCUCUGAAAGGGAGGAGGCUCACUAGAGAUCUGCUAGCAACAAGUAAGACUCCACAAAUCAACUUUACCAUACUCCAAUACAAGAAGAAAUAUUUACAAGACAGAAGAUGCUUUUGUCCCAAAGAUAUCUACAGAUGGUAACAUUUUUGUCCAUUUUUUUUCUUGUUUGGUUUGCAACAUGUCAAGAAACAAAAACUAAGAGAGGAGUGGCAGAAUUCCAGUUCUUGCAUAACAAAGGAAAUCUCCGUGAAGAGUUAAACCGACUGAUUUGGCUCCACCAAGCUAUGGGAGGAGUGCACACAGCCGUGGGCAGGGACAUCCCGCAGGCACACAUUGUGUGGACCUCACCAAGGAACCAAGACCUCUCCAAUCUCUCUGAUGGAACUGGCAGAGAAGAGUCUCUAGAAAUGAUGAAGCAACUGCUGCUGGGAUUGCUGGAGAAGGAAGAGCCUGUAGCUGUCCUCAGGAAAACAAAUGUGUUGCAGUAUCUAAAGAAUGUAAAGGGUAAUCAGGACCGGCAAGACCUUUCUGACAUAUUUCAAGGGGGAGAUCAAGAUGGCAAAAGAAAUCUCAGCACCCAGACAUAGAUUUCCUGACCGAACCUAUUGCAGUCCAUCUGCUACUUGAGAUAUAUACACUGAGGGAGAUCAAAAGAAAAGUUGAUUAACAAAGAAAAUGUGCGUUUUUGCCAUUUACUACUCCUUCGCAUUGUUGAAAGGCCAGAACAUUUCCCCCUUAUUCCGAUUACAUUAAAUUGUAUUAAACAGGAAUGUGCAGGGCUUAAAAUUUUCCCUUCUAGAUAGCACAAAUAUUUUAUAACUGUUAGCAAUAUUGCCAGAGGCUAUAUAUUAUUAUUGCUACUUCACUCCUUUGCAUUUGUUGAACAAUAUUAUUGAGGUAUUUGUGCAUGCAGGUUCUGCUGGGGUACGUGGAAAGUAUUCACUCUUUGUCUCUUAUACUCAUUUCCUGCUUCCGCCACCUAUAUAAUUACUUGAGGUCUUUUGUGCCUAUUCCCCUUUAGCAAUGUGGGUUUAAGUUAUAAUAAAGCACAUGGCUGAGAAAACACCUAGGCUGGAAAGCAAAUUCAAAUGCUCUAUAAUACAUUUUUUUCAUGUAAAAAUGCAUACUUCUAAAUAUGCACCCCUGGUUCUUUGAGCAUAUUAAUGUUGCCUCCUUACUGCAGAAAGAAUACGUCUUACAGUAAGAUUGGAAUCUUAGGCAAACAAGAAUAAGACCCAUUGAACACCAUGGGACUUACUUUUGAGUAAACAUGCAUUGGAUCAGGCUGCAGCAAUUAUGACCUACUUAAGGUUUUCAAAAGGAAUCAAGUCAUCCAGAAUAAUGCCUCAGCCUAUCACCCACAUCUAGCUGAUUAGAACACUUAGUAGAAAAGCCCAAAUAUACAUAUUUUCAAAUGUAAAAACAUUCUGCUGCAACUCUGAAGAUGUGGAAUUGAAGCAACCAUUGCAAUAACUGGUUAGCUGCUUGAACAAAAUAUUUCAGAUACUACAUACCUCUGGAAGAAGUAUGCUGAGGGUUCCCACUUUCCAGAGGGAUGAAAAGGUUUUGUCAGAAGAGUUCCAAAGUUUAUUGGGCUCAGUCAGGAGGGCAUCAGACUCUUAAUCUCAGGGUCGUGGGUUCGAGCCCCACAUUGGGCAAAAUAUUCCUGCAUUGCAGGGGGUUAGACUAGAUGACCCUCAUGGUCUCUUUCAACUCUACAAUUCAGUGAUAGAUAAGAGGUGCAGAUUGCGUACCUUA